CGCGCGCGCCCAGCCCACCCCCCGCCGCCGCCGCCCGGACAAUAAACAGCCGCGCGCGGGGCGAUGCCCGAGCCGGUGCCACCGCCUUGAGCACCCCGCACCUGCGCUCCACCCGCGCCCCGCAGACGGAGACCUCCCCACCCGGACCUCGGCGGGGAGAUGGAGGUCCUGGUGGCAGAGACCACAACCCAGCAGGAGCGGCUGCAGGCCAUCGCGGAGAAGCGGCGGAGGCAGACAGAGAUCGAGAACAAGCGGCGGCAGCUGGACGAAGACCGGAGGCAGCUGCAGCACCUCAAGUCCAAGGCGCUCCGGGAACGCUGGUUACUAGAGGGGACGCCCCCUUCGGCCUCUGAUGGGGACUCGGACAUGCGUAAACAGAUGCAGGAGGAUGAGCAGAAGGCCCAGCUCCUGGAAGGUUCCAUCUGCAGGCUGGAGAAGGAGAUUGAAGUGCUGGAGAACGGAGACGUGGUCCCAGCCCCCACCCCCAAGGAGACCACAGCCACCCCCAGCCCCGCCAGGGCGACCCCCAGCCCCGCCCCGGAGACUGAGAAGGUGGUGAUGGUGAAUUCCCAGCAGACUCCUGCAGGCACGCCCAAAGAGACGCGCCUCUCCAGCACCCCCUCGAGGACGAGCCAAGGCUCCAACAGGAUGAAGGCAGCCAUGUACUCGGUGGAGAUCACGGUGGAGAAGGACAAAGUGACCGGGGAGACCCGGGUGCUGUCCAGCACGACUAUGCUCCCCCCAGACCCCCGUCCCCAGGGCAUCAAGGUGUAUGAGGACGAGACCAAAGUGGUCCACGCCGUGGACGGUGCCCUGGAGAACGGGAUCCAGCCCCUGAGCUCCUCCGAGGUGGACGAACUGAUCCACAAAGCCGACGAGGCGACGCUGAGUGAGACGGAGCCCCGGGAAUCCCGAGCCGAGACGGUGCGGACCACGCCGGCCCGGCGCGAGAUCACAGGGGUGCAAACCCAGCCUGGGGAGGCCACAUCGGGGCCCCCUGGUGUGCAGCCAGGCCAGGAGCCCCCCGUGACCAUGAUCUUCAUGGGCUACCAGAACGUGGAGGACGAGGCGGAGACCAAGAAGGUGCUAGGCCUGCAGGACACCAUCACGGCCGAGCUGGUGGUCAUCGAAGAGGGGGCGGCCGCUUCCAAGGAGGCCCCAGCACCGCCCAACGGCAGCGCCGCCGAGCCCCCCGCGCCUGCGGGGUCCAGAGAAGAGCAGCCAGUCGGGGCUGAUGCACCCGCAGGAGGCGGCGGGGGGGAGCCCCAGGACCUGGACGUGAAGAAGCAGCCGUGUAAAUGCUGCUCUGUGAUGUGAGGUGACGGCCUCGGUCCCGUCCUCCCGUCCAUCUGUCCGUCUGUCCAUCCGCUGACACCCACAAGCCUGUCACCCGCCCACCCCACCCGCCGCCACGGGACAAGCAACCUGGCUCCUUGAUCCGGAGGUUUGAGGGGUGGCUGGAAAGAGCGGGACAGGGGGAUCCCCAAAACGCUGGCACCACCCCACACACAAGCCUCUUCCGUCACCCCCCUUUUUCUGGUGCCAGGCAAAACCCGGUAGAAGACACCGCAGACCUGUUGGCCCCUGAGUUGAGGAUGACAUCAGCUUCCCACAAUCCCCCUAGCAAAUCCCCAAAUGUGGUUCACUGAGGUCCCCGCUGGUGGGAUGGGGCCGCACCCCCUCAUCCUUUUGAGGUUCCCCUGUGCCUUCCUGCCACCUCCAAUGUGGUCCCCGCGGGGACAACCCACCAGAGGGGGAUCGGGGAGGCCCAGGAUGCUGUGGGGGUCCCCAACCCUGGGCUGGCAUCUGGGGUUAGGGUUUGAUUGAUGGGGAGAUGCCUGUGGCUGAAAUUUGGGGCACCUUUUCACCCAGGAUUUAGCCCGAGGGCGAUGGAGUUGGAGAGUGGGGACUUGGGCUAUAUCCCCACUUGGUUGCCCUUGAGCUCUUUGGGGAUCAGCCAGGCAUCCGAGCUGUGCCCCCACCCCUAGAGAGGACACCCCAACUUCUUGUCCUGAGCUCCAACCACCAUCCCACUGGGCACUCUGUCCUCCUGGUGCUAAUUUGGGGACCCCUGGGUGGGGCUACACUGGCCCUUUUCCCAGCCUGUUUGGACCUGGGUCCCCCCCGCCCACACCCAAGUGGGGCCUCCCAAAACCUCUGUGGGUAGUUUCUGGGCAGCAUUGGGGGUGUUUAGUGUGGGGCAGGGAGGUGCCCCCAGGGUUGGAACUGGAGACCCCCAAUAGGCAGUCCAGCCCUGUAGAAGAAGCCUGUUCCUGCAGCUCUAGGGGAGCAGAGAUGCGUUGUGGGGGGCUCAGUCCUAGGGGCACCCCACCCUGGGCUGGGGGUAGGGGGUUUCCUGUCCCCCCCCUCUCACAGACGUGCUCUGCUGACUCCCGCCCCAGCGUGGUAAGGAGGUGAGGCUGCGUGGGCGAGGGUCUGGGCUGUGGCUGGACACCCCUUCACCCUCUGAGUCCUCCAGCUAGGAGAUCCCAAGCUCUGACCCUCAGCUUCCACCGCGUGCCCAGGCCCUGCCCCGCCCUUCCCCGCUCCCCCCAAAGAAAUAAACUUUGUUGACAGCC